AUGGGAGGAAUCAGUGGAAUAUACAUACUCGACCUGAAGGGGAGGCUGAUCAUAUGCCGCAACUAUAAAGCGGACAUUCUGACGAACGUGUGCGACGCCUUCUACGAACACGUGAUACUACAGGAUUCGGGAGCAAUCAAGCCAGUAUUCCACACGGAAGGGUGCACAUUCUCGUGGAUAUCGCAAAACGGAAUAUACUUCAUAGCAGUGGCAGCAUCAAACUACAACGUGUCGCUCUCAAUAGCGUUCCUAUACAGAUUCAUCAACGUGCUCACGAGCUACUUCAAGCACCUGAGCGAGGAAAGCAUCAGAGAAAACUUCGUGGUGGUCUACGAGCUGCUGGACGAAAUGCUGGACAACGGGUUCCCUCAGGUGACGGAGGUGAGCAUUCUGCGCGAGUUCAUCAAAAACCAGUACCACCAAAUGACAAUCGACAAGGUGCGAGCGCCGAACACAAUGACCAACGUGGUCUCGUGGAGAAAGGAGGGCAUCAAGCACAAGAAAAACGAGCUAUUCCUGGACGUGAUUGAGAGCCUGGACCUGAUCCUCUCGGCGAGCGGCACAGUGCUGCGCUCGGAGAUCAGAGGCUGCCUGAAGAUGAAGUCGUACCUGUCGAACAUGCCCGAGGUCUACCUCUGCCUGAACGACAAGCUGCUCUUCGACAUGGACGCGGCGGAGAAGGGCGCGCUGGGCCAGCCGGCCAACUACUCGGACAAGUACGGCGCCAAGUUCGGCACCGUCGAGCUCGAGGACGUCAAGUUCCACCAGUGCGUGGAGCUCACGAAGUUUAACACGGAUCGCACAAUCAGCUUCAUCCCGCCCGACGGAGAGUUUGAGCUGAUGACCUACAGGCUGCGCUGCAGAGUUAAGCCGCUCUUCUCAGUCUACGUGACCUUCAGCUACAAGUCGAACAGCAGGAUCGAGUUCUACGUGAAGGCGACCUCGCAGUUCAAGUCUAAGUCGAUGGCGACGAACGUGGAGUUCCUGAUCCCGGUGCCCUCGGACGUUAACUGCCCUGAGUUUAACCCGACGCAGGGGAGCGUUAAGUACCUGCCGGACCAGGACGCGAUACUCUGGUACGUGAAGCAGUUCCAGGGCGACAAGGUGUACACGAUGUUCGCGUCCUUCGGACUGCCCUCGGUCUCCGACGAGGCGCGGGAGAUGUUCUCCAAGAACCCCGUGAAGAUCAAGUUCGAGAUUCCGUACUACACGGUCUCGGGGAUCAACGUGAAGCACCUGAGAAUCACGGACAGGAGCGGCUACAAGGCGCUGCCCUGGGUGCGCUACAUAACGAAAAACGGAGACUAUCAGCUCAGAAUGUCGUAA